AUGGACUUCACCACCUCGGUCACUGGAAUGCCACCUCAACCAGGAGCCAACGGACCCUCCAGGCGUAGUGUCAGUAGUUGGGAUUCUCUAAGUAAGUUUGACAUCUUUUGUUUAAACGAAACCUGGUCAACCACCCCAGUUACUGUCUCCAAUGAAUUCAAUAAUUUUAACAUACUUUUUUCACAGGCUACCAAGUUGCAUGAUGUUGGGAGAGCUAACAUGUUACAAGCAACCUUGUGUGAAGUUCAAACUACCCACAAGCAUGACCUAAUUGUCCUGGGUGGUGACUUCAACGCCCGAGUUGGUGUUCAAGGUGCCGUUCAUGAAGACAUUGUUUCCGGUAGCUCCUUACUCCCUUAUCACUCUUCCUUGGACCCUCUCUCUUCUCCCAGAGGUUCUCUAUCAACAGACUUUUGCGAAACCAAUGGGUUUAUCCUGCUAAAUGGAAGAUUACCUGGGGACUCGCCUGCACAACAUACCUACUGCUCAUCACAAGGCAAAUCCGUAAUUGAUCUUAUCUGGACUAACCUCCUCGGUAUAUCAUACGUGUCUGAUAUGCAAGUCAUCUCCACUCCCACAACUUCCGAUCAUUUUCCUGUCCUCCUCUCAUUG